CUUCCGCUCGGGGCGGCGGCGGUGGCGGAAGUGGGAGCGGGGCCGGAGCUUUGGCCAUAAAGCCCGAGGCGGCGGCAUUGGCGGCGGUCUGCGGCUGGGCAGCACCGAGGAGCCCGCUGGAGCCGGAGUCCGACCUCUCUGCCGCGUCCUGCGUUGCGUCUCCUCCUCGGUGGACCUCGCGCUUGAAGGAUGACCUCUAGGAAGAAAGUGUUACUGAAGGUUAUCAUCCUGGGAGAUUCUGGUGUUGGCAAGACAUCUCUUAUGAACCAGUAUGUGAAUAAGAAGUUCAGUAACCAGUACAAAGCCACAAUAGGAGCAGACUUUCUGACCAAGGAGGUGAUGGUGGAUGAUAGACUAGUUACCAUGCAGAUCUGGGACACAGCUGGUCAAGAACGGUUCCAGUCUCUUGGUGUAGCCUUCUACAGAGGUGCAGACUGCUGUGUUCUGGUGUUUGAUGUGACUGCCCCCAACACAUUCAAAACCCUUGACAGCUGGAGAGAUGAGUUUCUUAUCCAGGCCAGUCCCCGGGAUCCUGAAAACUUCCCCUUUGUUGUGUUGGGAAACAAGAUUGACCUUGAAAACAGACAGGUGGCCACAAAGAGGGCACAGGCCUGGUGCUACAGCAAAAACAACAUUCCCUACUUUGAGACCAGUGCUAAGGAGGCCAUCAAUGUGGAACAGGCCUUCCAGACAAUUGCUCGGAAUGCACUUAAACAGGAAACAGAGGUGGAACUAUACAAUGAAUUCCCUGAACCCAUCAAACUGGACAAAAAUGACCGGGCCAAGGCCUCCGCAGAGAGCUGCAGUUGCUGAAGGGGCAGUGAGCGCAGAGCACAGAGUCCUUCACAGACCAAGAACACACGUAGGCCUUCAACACGAGUCCCCUCCUUUAAAACAGAACAGAAUGUGAUCUCUCAUUUCCAGCUGCCAAAAGAAACUCCACCAAAUCAUCCUGCACACACCCAUACCCACACCCACAAUACAAGCAAACUCCAGCCCAUGCCUGUCAUGGCUCCUAGGGCAGCUGCCCACCUUGAGCCCUUUGUGUGGCAGGACAGGCAGCUGGAGACCCCGCUCUGGGGGUACAGUGGGCAAUGGAACCUUACUCUUCUUGUCCACUGGGGAGUGAGAGAACUGUUCACGGUUUAUCUGUGUCUAUCUGAUUUUUUUAACGGUCUUGUGGUCUUUUACCCCCAUCCCUCCUUGAAGGUCUUGUGGGAAGGCUGGUGCCCCGCUCCAUUACAGGCUCCCACCCAGUCCGAACAGGCUGAGUUUUGUAUGUAUCUGUUAAUGCUUGUUACUUUUAACUAAUCAGAUCUUUUUACAGUAUCCAUUUAUUAUGUAAUGCUUCUUAGAAAAGAAUCUUAUAGUACAUGUUAAUAUAUGCAACCAAUUAAAAUGUAUAAAUUAGUGUAAGGAAUUCCUGGAUUGUGUGUUUAAGUCCUCUAAUGCAGGCGUGCAAAGUGAAGGGUUGAACCCUGUCUGGAUUACAGAGUGUUAAGAGACUCAGAAUUUGGAAAUCCAGCUAGUGGCAGUAUUGUGUACAGUAGACAUGAGAAUUAUGUACACCUUUUUCAAAGACUUAAGAG